AUGAUCAGUUUUUCUCACCCUACAUUUACUGGUUUUCUGUCGUCAGUGAAGUCAGAAGAUUUUGCCACCACUAUAUACCCUUACAUAUACACUAAUUUGAAUAAUUGGCCUUGUGUAAGACUACUGAAUGCUACAGGAACCGUCGGCUGUCAAUCGAUAAAGAAGAAAAGCGGUAUCAUUUACCACAUCAGUAGCCAGUCCGAGCUUGAUACCUUUAUUAACAAUAAAGAAGCAAUAGACGAUUUUGCAUUAGUGAUACCGUUUGUCCUUUUGACAAAAGCUAAUAUGGAUGCUCUUGUUUCUAUGGAUGACCAUAAACUGGCAGGCUUGAUUGUGCUUUUAUCUUCCAAUCAGACCCGCUCCUCGUCGGGAAGCGCGCUCAUGUCGUCGCCAGAUUCAGUUUGUCCAAAUUGUGAGUAUGGCUUGUAUGCGAACGACACGAAACAAUAUGAGUGGAACCCUAGUGCCCAAGGCUUGCUUGAGCAGGCAUUUGAUUUUCCCAUCUUUGCUAUAAAACCUGAAGACGAUACUGUAGCAGAAACAGUUUAUAGUUAUCUUUUGUCGAAUGUAGAUUACAAUGUUCAGCGUCAAUAUAAAAGUUACCCCUUGAAGGCAGUCGAAUUCGAUUCAUUUAUGUGGGCUGCUGUUAAUUCAGAAACUUGUUUAAGAAGAGGUUGGUGCCAAGUUGUGGGUGGUAUGUCGGUUUUCUCCUCGCCAUCUUUAAAUAUUUCAGCAAAAGACAAAAAACCUAUUAUUGUCGUCUCAGCUAACAUGGACAGUCGAUCUAUGUUCCAUGACCUUACCACUGGAGCUUCCAGCAGUAUAUCAGGGUUAGUCACCGUUUUAGCCAUUGCGGAUACUUUGAGCCACGCACCGCAACCUUUAGAAAGCUUACCCAAGCAUAUCCUAUAUACCCUAUUUACAGCCGAAUCAUGGGCAUUUGCAGGAUCACAGCGGUUUGUCAAAGAUAUAUCAACACCUUUUGUUUGCACGAACAGUACGAGGGCUGUAGCCUGUCCUUACAAUGAUGCUCCGUGUACCUUCCCCUGUGUACGUAAUCUGUAUUUCAAUAGAAUCAAUUUUGAAAACAUUGAUUCUAUCUUUGAGUUUCAGUCCGUUUCUGGAAUCAAUACGAAUUAUUCUAAUCAAUUCUUUGUUCAUGUGGAUGAUGCUCAACAAAGUCAAGCUUUGCUCAAUAAACUCAGACCCUUUCAAAAUCUUAAAGAAGCUUCAGCGGAUGGUGUGCAAAGAAAAUUACCGCCGAGCAGCGCGAUGAGCUUUUUACAAAAGAACCGCAAACUGCCAGCAGCUGUUAUUACCGAUUACCAAAAGGAGCUUGGACCGUUUUAUAGUAGCGACUUGGACGAUACACUUGAUCUAGACAAGGCUACCCAUUCCAUAUGCUCGCUCGUGAGCACCUCUGCAAACGCUAUCUAUAAUCAAGCGACGAACGGGAAUUCGUCCAACCUCUUGUCUGCCAAUUGUACUCUUAUAUCCUCUUUACUGGACUGUCUCAUUUCCAACUUUUCUUGCCCUUUCAUGCAAGACUAUCUAACGGUGAAUGGCAUCUCAAAAAUAAGCCAUUCUUCGUCUGUUUUAUCCUUUACCUAUCCUCAGCCACAAUUAUUACAGAGGUUUGUUUUCAGUUACCUGAGUGACGUGACAGGGAAACGACGCAUACAGGAAGGUACAGCGAAUGAAACGGUGUCAUGCCACACAAUCAAAGACUGUCAAAUGGGUGAGUAUUGUAUCAAAAAGAAAUGCACUGCAUCAUUCACAACAUAUCAUGAAGCAUAUGGAACCGGUCUACAAUAUGAUGAGGUUUCCGGAUUGAUAAAGGUAGUUGAUCCAUCCAAAGGCACAUGGACGGAAAGUACAUGGGAUACAACAGUAUUUAGAAUCUUUUCAGUUACCUCCCAAUCACAACAAAUCAUAGAACUUAUUGUUGGUAUCCUGUGGGCAAUACUAAGUGUUGUGGCCAUUUUGUUUAUGAAAAAGUACUUGAAGAAAACGCUAAAAACGGAAUAA